CAGCCUGGCCCCGUUGCAGGCAUCCAGCCGGCGCUGUGGAGCCGCGAGGACGUGCUGCACUGGCUGCGCUGGGCCGAGCGCGAGUACGCCCUGCGGCGCACCCGGGAGCACGGCUUCCAGAUGAACGGCCGGGCGCUCUGCAUCCUCACCAAGGACGACUUCCGGCUCCGCGCGCCGGGCUCAGGUCUGCACCCUCGCUGUGUUCGCCUGGUGGCUCCCAGCAGAGCUGGCCUGCGGCAGAGGACCCCAUUUGGCUGUUCCCAGCGCAGCAGGGGAGGCCUGGGCUGGGGGAGGCUCUGGUCCCAUAGACUCAAAGGUGCUCAUUUGCUUGCAGAGGGGACCAGGCCCUCUCAGGUAGCCCCCCAAAGAGGCCUGCAGCAGCCACCAGACCUGGAGCUUACCAACUCCUUGAGCCACCUGGAUGCCCCUGGCCUGGCCAGGUGGCCCCUCGGCAGGGAGGAGUCCCUCAACUUACCUCACUGUGCAGAGCUCGGCUGUAGGGCUGAGGGAGUCUGCUCCUUCCCCACGACGCCGCAGGCCCCCAUCGACGGCAGGAUCGCAGACUGCCGGCUGCUGUGGGAUUACGUGUACCAGCUGCUCUCUGACACCAGGUACGAGUCCUUCAUCAGGUGGGAAGACAAGAAUGCCAAGAUCUUCCGAGUUGUGGAUCCUAAUGGGCUCGCCAGACUCUGGGGAAACCACAAGAACCGGGUGAACAUGACCUACGAGAAGAUGUCGCGGGCCCUGCGCCACUACUAUAAGCUGAACAUCAUUAAGAAGGAGCCCGGGCAGAAACUCGUGUUCAGAUUUCUGAAGAUACCCGGGAAGAUCGCCCAGGACAAGGGAAGCUGCCUGGAGCAGCUGGAGAGUCAGGAGCAGGACAAGAUGGAUUUCAAGGUGAAGAUGCUGGAAGUCUCUCCGUGAAGGGCAUGGACUCCGGCACUGGGCACCCAGGGGACAGAGACUGAGCCUCUCCUGGAGGCAGCUAGCCGCAUGGCCGCCGCCUCCUCCCAGGGUAGCAGGCAUCCCCAGGCGGGUUUUGCACUUUUGGGAUCUGUUGUCUGGGACCUCAAAGCUGCCCGAGGACCUGGGCUGGCUGAGAACUGGAGGCUCACAUCCAGGACAUUGGGGGGCAUCAUUCUUUGGGGAGGGCAGCCUUGGGCUAAGUGGGGCGCAGGGCAUGAACUCUCUCUGCCCAGCUAAGGAGAGGUAGCCCCGCGCUGAGAGCAUCCAGCUCAACUCCUUCAGUUUGCAGAAGAAGGGACAGAAGUCCCUCGCUGAGCCUCAGCCUACCUCAUCCAUCAAAGGGGCAUGCUCGUGACACCCCCCUCAGGGGCUGACGUAUGAACCUGACAAAAGGAUUGUUGCUUUGUCAAUCUCUGUGAUAAAAAUAGUGAUGAUACCUGA